UCGGCCUUUUAGCACCGAAGCCUUCCCAAUUUAAAAGCCUAAGGUUUACACCAGCGAAAUUGAGAACACAAAUCAACCCCAAAUUGAGCCCAAAUUCAUCAUUAAAAUGUCUACUUAUGCCGAAGCCAUCUUGAGCUGCUACAAUUCAGAGAGAUUUAUUUUUUUCGCUUGAUCCGACAAGUGCGAAACAAGAGACGAAUUGGGUCAAACCCAUCGCCGAAAAUAAGUGCCACCAGCGUUGCUGCUUCGUCCAACUGCGGGAAAUAGUACCAGCUCCUCAGGCCCGCAAGUUCUCUCUCCGCCCAUCCAAGCAAUUGCAAACACAAAAGGAUGCUCUUUCCUUUUGCUUUUGGAUCUAUAGAUGCUGGGUUUUGUACAAGGAAGGAUAAGAAGAUCUCAGAACCCAAUGUUAACUUUGAUUCUGACAACUACAAAAAGCCGUUGAAUGACUGAUUUACAUCAGUGAUUUUGUAGACGUACAUAAAUAGUGGAUUAUCCUAAAAGUGACUGCAAUGGAAUUUUGUCCAACUUGUGGGAUGUUAUUGCAGUAUGAAUUGCCACAUAUGGACCGCCCUGCCAGAUUCUUCUGUCCAACAUGCCCGUAUGUAUGUCACAUAGAUAGUAAGGUUAAAAUAAAAAGAAAGCAUCGGUUAGUUAAGAAAGAACUAGAUCCUAUCAUUUCCAAAGACGACGAGCUUGACAAUUUACCAGAAACUGAAGCUCCGUGUCCUAAUUGUGGUUAUCUUAAGGCAGCCUUUGGUCAACAACAGACCAGAUCUGCUGAUGAGCCGAUGACAACCUAUUACACAUGCAAGAAAUGUAGACACAAUUGGAAAGAAGACUAACAUUGCUAUUCAAGCAAAAUCUUUUGGCUUACUGCUGGUUUUCCAUGAGGUUACUCUUUUUAGGGGAAGCAUUACUCGUUGAUUGGGUUGUAUUUCUAUCAAUUCAGCAUUAAGCAUCUUGGUGUUUUUGCAGAGGCUCCGUGCCUAUGACUGUUUGUUGUGCUACCUGGAAUGAUCUAUACUUGCCUCUUCUUUUCUCAUAGUUCUGUUAAGCUAACUGAAAACCAAGAGCUAACCUUCUUUAAUUAGUCAUAAUUUUCACCAUCCUGAUA